AUGAGUCAUGAAUCGGGAAAUUCGAGUGGAGUCUCUACGGGUCGAGCAAGAGGUCGUGUUGUUGGUGUUCCGAAGAGAUGUUGGUGUGGAGAAUUAGUUAUCCCCUUGAUGUCAAAUUCGAAGCCAAAUCCUUGCAGAAGAUACUUUCGUUGUGCUUUUGCGGCAGAGAAAAGGCUGAGUAAUGAUAAUCACAGUUACAAAUGGGUUGAUGAGGCUUUGUUGGAUGAGGUUGAAGCAUUGUCGUUUAGGAUAGGGAGACUUGAACAGGGCAUGUUGACUGGUCGUGUGGAAGAAGAAAGGGAUGCCCAAGAAGAGAAGACAAAGUUUGAAGAGUUUGGAUUGAAGUUAGAGACCGAGAUUUCUGCAAGAAUGGAAGAUGUUGUGAAUGAAGUCAAAAGUGAGGUGAAGAAGGCGCUGGUGCUUGUUGUUUUAGGAUGUGUGGGGAUGGUUGUGUUGGCUAAGAUACUAUAA